CUCUCUGAGGUAGCGCGCGGUCUUUGUCGGCUUCCACCAUGGCAUACCGUGGCCAGGGCCAAAAAGUGCAGAAGGUGAUGGUUCAGCCCAUCAACCUCAUCUUCAGAUACUUGCAAAAUAGAUCUCGAAUUCAGGUGUGGCUUUAUGAGCAAGUGAACAUGCGAAUAGAGGGCUGUAUCAUUGGUUUUGAUGAGUACAUGAACCUCGUAUUAGAUGAUGCCGAAGAGAUUCAUUCUAAAACAAAGUCAAGAAAACAACUGGGUCGGAUCAUGCUAAAAGGAGAUAAUAUUACCCUGCUCCAGAGUGUCUCCAACUAGAAAUGAUCUGUGAAGUGAGAAAUUCUUGAGAAGGCCAUGUAGUUUGUUUUUUUAGAUGUCCUUUGCUCUGAGUGUAGUUCUAAAACAUUUGUUCGUAUUAUUUCGAUUACCUUUAU